GGUUGAAAGUGGCCAUUGCCAGUUGCCACCGAAGUCUUAGCUUCACAUUCACAUACGUAAAGUGGCCUCGGUUUCUUCUUCCAUUCCAAGGGCGACGCAAGCAUUCUUCUUCCUGUUGAGGAGCCGUCUUCCGACGAACUCACCGGAAUAAAGAAGGUUGAUACGGAACCAGUUGGAAAAUGGCGCUCAAAUUCCAUCCCCUCGCCUGUCAAUCUCCUAAGUUUCCGUCCUUUGCGAUGCCGCAGCUUGCAAGUCUCAGAUCUCCUAAGUUCGUUAUGGCCUCCACUCUCCACUCCACCUCCAGGGAGGUUGAGACCCUUAAGAAACCCUUUAUGCCUCCAAGGGAAGUGCAUCUUCAAGUAACUCACUCGAUGCCACCUCAGAAGAUAGAGAUAUUUAAAUCUUUGGAGGAUUGGGCCGAAGAGAACAUUUUGUGUCAUUUGAAGCCAGUGGAGAGGUGUUGGCAACCACAAGAUUUUUUACCAGAUCCGGCAUCUGAGGGAUUUCAUGAGCAAGUCAUGGAGCUUAGAGAGAGGGCAAAGGAACUCCCUGAUGAUUACUUCGUUGUUUUAGUUGGAGACAUGAUUACAGAAGAGGCCCUUCCUACUUACCAGACAAUGCUGAAUACAUUGGAUGGAGUUAGGGACGAAACAGGAGCAAGCCCCACUUCUUGGGCUAUUUGGACAAGGGCUUGGACUGCUGAAGAGAACAGGCAUGGUGAUCUACUCAAUAAAUAUCUUUACCUAUCUGGGCGAGUGGACAUGAGGCAGAUUGAGAAAACAAUUCAGUAUUUAAUUGGAUCGGGAAUGGACCCAAGGACGGAAAACAAUCCUUACCUAGGAUUUAUAUAUACCUCAUUUCAAGAGAGGGCUACCUUCAUCUCCCAUGGGAACACCGCCAGACUAGCAAAAGAUCAUGGAGACAUAAAGUUAGCUCAAAUAUGUGGAACAAUUGCCGCAGAUGAGAAGCGGCACGAGACUGCAUAUACAAAAAUUGUGGAAAAGCUCUUUGAGAUAGACCCUGAAGGAACUGUCAUAGCUUUUGAAGACAUGAUGAGGAAGAAGGUCUCAAUGCCUGCCCAUCUGAUGUAUGAUGGCCGUGACGACAACCUCUUCGAUCACUUCUCGGCUGUCGCACAGAGGCUGGGGGUUUACACGGCCAAGGACUAUGCAGACAUAUUGGAGUUUUUAGUUGCACGGUGGAAGGUGGAAAAGCUCACAGGGCUAUCAGGUGAGGGGCAGAAGGCUCAGGAUUAUGUGUGCGGGUUACCUGCAAGAAUUAGAAGGCUAGAAGAAAGAGCACAGGCGCGGGCAAAAGAAGGCCCUGCCAUUCCGUUCAGUUGGAUUUUCGAUCGGGAGGUUAAGCUGUAGAAGGUACCAGGAAGAAGAAAAAAAUGUAUGGAAUCUCAGAUGAGAAGUCAUCAUUGGGUGUAACUUUUUAUUAUGUCUAAGAACAAUGGUUAGCAUCAUCUAUCUUCUUUGAUCUAUUUUGAAAAAAGGAAAAAAAAAAAAAAAAAAGGGUCGGUUCAGUGUUGUGUGCGUGUAGUGUAGAUACAAUGUUGUGCGUUGGUUGUUGGUUAGGUGUGAUAGAGGUAGAAGAAAGAUGGGUCUUCCAGUCUUUUGUGCGUAUUUUAAAUUUGUCAUUUCAUUUCUCCUGUAAUAAUAUCGUAACACUGUCUACAAUUUUGUUCAUAAUUCCUCAUUUUCUCCA